ACAAAGUGAAAAAGAGCAGUUGUGUCUUCUGUCUGUGUGUCGCGCUCAACCACGGCCCGUGCUCGGGCACUAGCAGACCCUGGUGCAGUACCCCCCUCGCCUUCGGGAACGGACCCUUCUUCUCCGAAGCCCUCAGAGAGAGAGAGAACAUGCAGGACACCGAAGACAUCCCGGCAAUAAUGGCCACCUCGGGUGACUUCCCCACCAGCGCUGCAGCUGAAGAAGCUGCUUCUCAGACAGGGAGCAUGCAGGAGCAACCGGGAGGCAAGGUGGACCUAACCGUCACUGAGCAGCCUGGCCUGGGAGUCACCACAACAACCAUGACAACCAUAACUCAGACCGGAGGUGGCUGGAGCACGGGGCUCUUUAACGUGUGUGGGGACAUGACCACAUGCCUCCUAGGUGCCUUUGUCCCCUGCUGCCUGGACCUCAAUUUGGCGCACCAGUAUGGAGAGUGUUUGUGUCUUCCGCUGCUCCCUGGGUCCACGUUUGCCAUGCGUGUGGGCAUUAGGGAGAGAUUCAAGAUAAGGGGCAGCGUGUGCGAGGACUGGCUGGCUGUGUACUGCUGCUACCCUCUGGCGGUGUGCCAAAUGAUCCGCGAGAUGAAGAGGAGGCUGAGCAGCCAGGUGUACCAGGUGUCCACGAUGCUGCAGAGCUCAUGAAGGUCCGUCCGCUUGGGCGAGAGCAUCACGGGUAGAAUCGCGGCAACCGCUCGGAGGGCCAUUUCAAAGCUUUCCGAAUAAAU